AACAAACAGGGGUCGCUCUGGUGGUCGGCCGCGGCGCCCUUCAAUGGAGCAAAUGUUUGGCCUCCCACUGUAAACAAUAACACAAGAGUAAACUCAAACAAACUAACUGCGCCUUUAAAUAAGAUGUCACUCCCUCAGACACGCUUAGUAGCCGCCCAGCCUCUGAGGGAGCGGGGCAACCAUCCGUCACACGCACACCACCACACCCCCAUUACCUAACGAGUGUUGAGGAUCCCCCCUACACCUCCCCAAGCACACCAUAUCCCACCCUUCUGCUACCUACCCGCAUUCUAUAAUCUAGCUUUCUUUUCUUGCAGUCCUUUCCUCUCUACAUCUAAUCUAUUCUCAUCUUAUAGCUCUUUUUACUCUCCCUCUGCCUAUAUUACACCAAUUUUCCUUAUUACAUUGCCUAUCGUAAUCUAAUCCUCACAUUCUGUCUUUAAUUCCCUUUUCCUUCUAGUCAUCUCUUCUGUUGAUUAUCUAUCUCUUCUAUCUCUGAUCUUUUUUUUUUUCUUAACUAGCUCUUCCAUCCUCUCUUCUUAUCUAGCCUUACCCAAACACACCUAUCAUAAUCCUCGCUCUAUCUUUAAUUAGGUUUUAAGCCCUUUCUUAAGUUUUCCAGCUCUCUUUCAUCCUCAUAUCUAACCCUUUCAUUCUCCCUCCUCUAACCUCCUAUACUAAUCUAGUCAUCUCUAUCGCAUCAUGAACCACCCAUCCACAGCCUCCUAUCCUAAUCUAGCCCUUUCUUCCUUAUACCCCACUCCACUGUACUUCUCCCACCUGAUAUCAUCCUCCCUGCCUGGUUCCUACGCCUCCUCUCCGCUGUUGUACCCGCCCUGCCGCCUGGGACCGCCCCAUGCCCCUGACGCUGAAGCUCAGCAGAAGCCGCCGUUCUCCUACAUCGCCUUGAUCGCCAUGGCCAUCCGCAGCUCCCCCGAGCAACGCCUCACGCUGGCCGGCAUCUACAGGUUCAUUAUGGACCGUUUCCCCUAUUACCGGCACAACAGACAGGGGUGGCAGAACAGCAUAAGGCACAACCUGAGCCUGAACGAUUGUUUCAUAAAGGUGCCAAGGGAGAAGGGUCGGCCAGGGAAGGGCAGCUACUGGGCUCUAGAUCCAACUUGCUCUGACAUGUUUGAGAAUGGGAAUUACCGCAGGAGGAAGCGUCGACCAAGACAGGGACAGGGUGCACCUGGCUCACAGAAGGACACUCAGGAACCAGGACUGUCACCAUCACAGGACAGUGAGAAAACAUGUACCAAAUAUGACCCUGGCAGUGAUGUGCAGGGACCAGUGAGUAGAGAGGAUAUGCUAGAGGGUCUUAAGGUUGCAUCCCAUGAGCUAGGAGUCAAGGCACCAGAAAGGAUGCUGGUGCUCAAGGACUCCCACCAGCAUGCCACACUAGGGAGGGAGCUGCAGGCCCGGCUGGAGGGAGCUACACACGGGGAAAUACUGCCAUACAAGAAUGAAAUAUCGGACGUCAGGUACAUACCUCCAAAGUUUGCUGGCAGCUGUGGUGGUGGCAGGAGCAAUCUGUUGGCCUCCUGGUCCUUCCUGCAGCACCUCCCUCACCUCCUGCCACAAGGGAAUCAAGACCACAUGGAGGGUCUAGCACUAAGGCAGCCAGACAUAAGAAGAGAUAGUCCCAGAAAUCAGUAUUCAUCAGUAGAACUGACAGCCUUUCCAGAGCUGCUACUCCUCAGAGACAACCUUGGCAACAGGAGGUCUGGAGUGCUGGCUGGACACAGUUCCAACAAGCUGGAUGUUCAUACUAAUACCGCGAAUACUUAUCAUGCCUCCAGUCCAAGAGGUCGCAGUUUUUUAAUAGAGAAUCUCAUCAGCUAGUGUGGAACUGCACCAAGAAUAAACUCUAUUCACUGCAUUUUGACAAAUUCAAUAUCAUUAACACACUACUUUCCAUUCAAAACUACUCAUCUGUGAGGGGAAUGCUGAAGAACCCAUCUUGUACUCAGCCACUCAGCACUGGAACUGCACUUGGUCUGUGGCAGUGGUUCUCAGACUCUGAACAGCAACCCACUCAAUAACAUUGAUUUACUUGUGACAUGCCCGUUCUGACUAUUCCGAUAAGAAGCUCCACAGAUUCUACUGUUGCGCCAAAACUACUAAGUCAUUCAAUCACUUAUGACUCCAGUUUGAGAACCACUAGUGUAUGGAAUGUAUUAGUAACUACACCCAUUAACUAAGCUACAUCUUAAAGCUACCAGUGUUAAUGAGACAAACAUGAGUAUAAUUCACCACUAUUAUUAACACCUACUGACAGCAGGUUAAGUAGUAGGCAAGUCUUUGGUACAGUAUCACCAUAACAAACUCCCACAGUGGAACCCUUGGGAACAUUUUCAAGAUUCACAGUUAUUGAUAUUAAUUCUUCCUGGGAAAGAGAACAAUAAAGAUCACAAGACUAUUAAGUAGAGUUAUAGAUGCAUCCUUAACUCUGCUGAAGGAUGUGAGGAUUGCCCCAUACAGCUUAUCAUGCCCCACUUUGGAGCAUCAUAGAAAUAGGAUAAAUUCUUAGCCAUGAGAUGCAUCCUGGCUGAGAACUGCACCCCUGACACAAAGGUAUAAAGUAGUGCCUUGGAUGUCAGGAACAAGCAAGUGUCAGGUCCUGAAAUAAGUCUGAGGCCUUUAUACCCCAGGGCACUACAGCUUGAUAUGUCACACCCUAUGUACACCUGCUAACAGGAAGCGUCACUUUGGCAUCUAUGAGCUAGUCUCGUUCAUCAGGAUAAGGAGUUGUGCUGUGCUCCAGUGUGACAGAAAUGCAAAUACAGUAAACCCUUGAUAUAGCAAAUGCCAGAUGUAAUGAAUACUUUAGGGCAAUCAAAGCUUUGCAUUUAAUGAAGUUCUUAGUAUUAUCAGGUAAAAAUAAUGAUCAUUCAGAGCCUCCCAGACAAACAUUGCAUAUUGAGAACUUAUUUUCGCCAGGCUGGUACAACUCAAGUGAUGUGUUUGUGUAUUACUGAAUAACUCUCCUUCCAUCACAACCUAGUUCGCUAGAAGACUUAAAUGCAAAGACAGCCAGAUUAUAUGAAUUUUUGGAUAUACCAAGCUGGUCUUCUCCCAAACAGUUAUAUGAAAGGUUUACUGAGUGUGUUAAAUGAAAACUAAACUAAAUUACAACAUUAAUAUAUAAAAAAGAAAAAAAAAUAGUAUAAAUAUGCAUAUAGAUAAAUUAUAUAUGCUUACAUACAUGCAUUUUGGUCCAUAAAUGAGUGAUGAAGCAAUGUGACAAUGCUAAAUUAAACAAUAUAUGCACUGAUGUGUCUCGUUAGAG